AUGCGCCGCGUCGCGGGUGAGGUCCUCGCGCUCGCACGCGGACAACGCUCGCGGCUCGACGCGCGACGCUCUUCUCGCGCGGCAAGGGCGGCGCCCUCCGACGCCGCCCUUCGACGACGCCGCGCGAAGCACGACCGUCCGCGCGCGCCCAUCCCGCGCGAGCUCAGCGGGUGGACCGGCGAGGGCGGUCCCUCCAGACCCGACGGCGAGCGCGUGGGGAGGCACGACGAGCGCGCGCCGCCGCCGCCCAUCUGUUCGGUCUGCGCGCGCCGCUUCUGCGCGUGUCGCGAGAAACCGAUCGUCGCGCCCGUCCUUCCGGGGGCGGAGGACUGCUGCCAGAGCUCGCCGCAGUGCAAGUUCUGCGUCUGGACCGUGUACGAGGACGAUCUCGCGAAGUACCGUCGCCAUCUCUCCGCGAAGGAGGAGAAGAAGGCCGCGGAGGAGGGGACCGCGGCGUGA